GCAGUGACUAUAGCAGUAACCUUCAAAAUGUCUGAUUGUUGCUACAAUUCAAUCGUGGACAUUAAAAACUCCAAUCGGCUAAUCUUUCAAAGUGAUCUGGCUGCCGUUAUCUUAGAUAAGUAUCCAAAGUCAAAGUACCAUUUUGUAGUGCUACCAUGGGAAGACAUUCACUCCGUUUACCAGCUGACAUCAGAGCACGUAACGCUACUGGAGGCGAUGUACCAGUUGGUGCUGGAGUCGAUCAAAAAGAUUCAGCUUAAGUCAAUAAAUUUUAAGUACGGUUUUCACAUGCGGCUAAGCAUGAGCCGUUUACAUUUGCAUGCGAUUUCGAAUGAUUUCAAGGGCCGAGGAAUGAAGCGAGAACGUCAUUGGACUCAUUUCAACACGGAAUUUUUCAUCUCUUAUAAAGAUGUUUUGGAUGAACUAAAAGAGUAUGGUACAAUAAGAGCGCGAUCUGCAAUGUACAUCGAAAGGCUUUGGGGUGGCCCAUUGCUGUGCAACCAAUGCAACUAUAAAACGCUCCCUUCCGAUAUUUUUAAUGCUUAUCAGUCGAACUGCAAUUCUAAUGUUUAGUUCACAUAUC